GGCGCCGGCCCGUCCCCUCGCGGCCGCGGGGGCAGAGGGAGGGACGGAGGGCGGGGCGCGCGGGCGGCGCCGGGGAGGGGGUCGUGCGGGGGCGGUCCGCGGGCCGGGCGGGGGUCGGCGGGCUUCCGGGCGGUGGCGGCGGCGGGCGCGGCGCGAUGUGCGAGCGGGCGGCGCGCCUGUGCAGGGCCGGCGCGCACAGGCUGCUGCGGGAGCCGCCGCCGCAGGGCCGGGCGCUGGGCGGGCUGCUGCGCUGGGUGGGCGCCAGGAUGGGCGAGCCCCGGGCGCCGCUGGCCCCCGCCGUCCCCGCCGCGGACCCCGGCCCCAGCCCGGGCCCCGCCUCGCCGCGUGGGGGCACCGCGGUCAUCCUGGACAUUUUCCGCCGUGCGGACAAAAAUGAUGCGGCCCCUUUAAGGAGGAGCAGGAAGCGGUCUAAGAUCAGGGCCCAGCUGCCCCCAACCCACGAGAACUUCCAGCGGGUGCUGGUACCCAGGGCAACCGCAAGUGGAGGCCAAAGAGAUGACGGGAAGUUAUCCUUGGAGGAGUUCCAGCUCUUCUUUGCAGAUGGCGUCCUCAACGAGAAAGAACUAGAGGGUCUCUUCCACACCAUCGACUCCGACAAUACCAACCAUGUGGACACCAAGGAGCUGUGUGAUUACUUUGUGGACCACAUGGGGGACUAUGAGGACGUCCUGGCCUCCCUGGAGACCUUGAAUCACUCUGUCCUGAAGGCCAUGGGCUACACCAAGGAGGUGUAUGAAGGUGGGAGCAAUGUGGACCAGUUUGUGACACGCUUCCUCCUGAAGGAGACGGCCAAUCAGAUCCAGUCCCUGCUGAGCUCGGUGGAGAGCGCGGUGGAGGCCAUCGAAGAGCAGACCAGCCAGAUCCGACAGAACCACAGCAAACCCAGCCACAGCGUGGUGGAGACCUGGUCUGGGAGCUCCACUCCCCUCUAUGCCCACAACCACAAGCUCACGGCCGUGGAUCAAGGGAAGAGCUUCCCACUUGUCACCUCAGACUCCAAGGAGGAGGGCCUGGAAGCCCAGAUCAGCAGGUUGGCGGGGCUGAUAGGACGGCUGGAGAGCAAGACCCUUUGGUUUGACCUCCAGCAGCAUCUCUCGGAUGAAGAAGGCACCAACGUGCAUCUGCAGCUGGUCCGGCAGGAGAUGGCCGUGUGCCCUGAGCAGCUGGCCGAGUUCCUGGACUCCCUGCGUCAGUACCUGAGGGGCACCGCCGGAGCCAGGAACUGCUUCCACAUCGCUGCCGUGAGGCUGGCGGACGGCGUCACCUUCGUGGUCUACGAGUUCUGGGAGACGGAGGAGGAGUGGAAGAUGCACCUGCAGAGCCCCGUGUGCAAGGCGUUCCGGCACGUCAAGGUGGACACGCUGAGCCAGCCCGAGGCCCUCUCCCGGAUCUCCGUGCCAGCUGCCUGGUGCACCCGGGGCCGCGACUGAGCCCCUGCCCGAGGCCCCGCGGCCGAGCCCGCUGCCCUGCUCCCGCUGCUGAAGGACGUCCACUCUUUUCUAAAAACUGUGGUAUACGAGCGAGCUGCCUUUUCAAUAUACUUCCAAAUGAGAAGGUCUUUUCCUGCUGUUUGAAGUGAAGGAGAACCCUUGCCCCCCGCUUGUUGACAGAGCAGCAGCAUCUGAGCUGCUGGACCCUGCGGAAGCCAGAGAGGGCGGCGGUGACGGGGAGCGGCCCCCGCCCCCAGCGAGUGGCCACACCUGACCAGUCCCCACGUCCUCGGCCGGGCUCGCCCCUCACCGCCUCUCCCUUCUCUUGCCUCCUGGUUGCCACUCCUCCACCUGGUAGGAGCCGGGACCCUGUAGUGCCCCCCAGGCCCGGGCCGAGCCCGCAGGCGGCAGUAGACCCCAUGUAGCCAGUGCCCCGCUAGGCAAGCAGCCGCCCGGGACAGGCACCAAAUAAACUAGCGUUG